AUGUAAAAAACAAAUAUAAAAUCUGUUACGGCUCGAAAUGAGUAAGCGAAAGCUAAACUCACGAAGUAUGAAUGAAUUUGAAUCAUUAGAGAAUAAUUUCUUACUCUAGCUAAAAUGUGUUAGAGUACGAGCACGCAAUAAUUGCUGAGUAAGAAAUUGCCAUCCUAAUAAAAACCUGUUUUGGCAAGUUAGUUGAAUAUCACUCCAAGAAACAAUACUCCCAAAAGUUGUAGAACUGCAUAGGAAGUACAAUCAUUGGUUUAAAUGAUAGAUGAAAUAUUUUCUUUAUCAAAAGAAUCUAGUUAAGGACCCAAUUAAUAAGCCACAGAAUCAUUCUUAAUUGCUUCCUAAGACUAAGAAUAGUUUGCAUCGAAAUUUCUCUUAAUUGGAAAAAUCCUCAAACAGCCAACAAAACAACGGAUAAUCGACCGCACCAAACACAGUGAAAAAAAAAUACAAUUUGCUUUCAACUGACUCUGCAAAUAAAUCGGAUCAACGGUUCUCUUCUGUUCAAUUUGCAUAAUAAAUAGCCCAACAAUUAAAGAGGAAGUAUGAACCACUAUAACCAUAACAAAAGAAGGAAAAUUUGCAUGUGAGCUUAGAUGAUUUCGUCACAUAAAUCAAUAGACCUUAGUCCAUCAUUUCCCCCUUCAAAUAAACUAAGUCGCUAUCCCCUUCGACAAGAGUCAACAUUGCUCCUUCCAAAAGUAUUCAUCCAUUUUACACUUAAGAAUCCCUCUAUUAUGUUUCAUCCUUAGUCGAAUCCUUCAGACACAUUUUACCUUAAAAUCAAGAACAAUAACUAUUUCGGGAUCACGCUGUCUAGACAUUCAAUUGCAUUUCGUUCUGUGUGAAAUUGCAAGAACCAACAAAAAUGAUUUUGGAACAAAAACGAAUGGAAAUUCCGAUGAAACCACAUUACAGAUGUAUAAUCAAUUCUCUACACAUAUAGUCAAGAAAACCGUUGUAUUCGAUCUAGAUGAAACCCUCAUACAUUGCAAUGAGAAUCAAAAUCUUAAGGCAGAUGUCUAUUUGCCAAUCACAUUUCCCUCUGGAGACACAGCCCAAGCUGGCAUCAACAUUCGUCCAUUUGCAAAAUGGAUCUUGCAAGAAUUGAGCCAACUUUGCGAAGUCAUAGUUUUCACAGCCUCUCACCAAUGCUAUGCAAGUCAGGUGAUUAAAUACCUGGAUCCACAUUCCACGCUCCUAUAGGGUUAAUUGUUUAGGGAUCGAUGUGUGUUGUCCCCAGAUGGAGUGCAUAUCAAGGACUUGAGAGUUUUGAACAGAGAUCUCAAGGACAUAGUUUUGAUUGACAAUGCUGCUUAUAGCUUUGGAGUUCAUUUGGAGAACGGAAUCCCAAUAAUUCCAUAUUAUGAUAACAAGGAGGACAAAGAAUUGAAGAUGCUGUAUGAGUUCUUGGUUGACCAGGUGUUGCCAGCACCAGACUGUAGAAUAGUGUUGUAGUCUGUGUUCAGAUUAAGGGAGUAUUACAACUACGGAGAACCAAAAUAAGCAAUAGAGAAAUUAUAUUGAUUUUAUAUAUAGUUUGAUGCUUUACAUUUAAC